UAUUAAUCGAGACUUAAGAUGGGAAACCAAAAUGUCGUUUACGAAGUAUCUGUUGAUUAACCUUGUAAAAACAAAGACAACUUAAAAUAUAAUACUGCAGAACCUAAACUUGUUAUUACAGUGAGUGGAUAGCACAUACAAUAAUUGAUGGCUGCAAGGCUGAUAUCUGGCAAUAGGAAAAUAGUUGCUUACUUGCCCAACCUGCAAGCUGUGGUGAAACAUUUAAGAACAUUUUCUUCCUAUGACGGACAUCAACAUUCUGGCACGUACUUCGGAGAACCCACAGGAUCUGCGACCGUUUGGCCAGACAAGGACCUCGGACCUUUUGGUCCCGAGGACAAGAGAUUCCCACUCCCCGGACGUGUGGGACACAGUUUGUUUUUACGAGAACGACCGAUAAUAUUUCACCCAGACCCCAGCUCUACACUUCCACAGUUACCGGUGGAACGACACUCCGACAUCGCAGAGCAGUUUCUAUCUUCGGUUGAACAGAUUGAGGAAUCGAGUGGAUUUUUACCUGAAUCUAUACCACAACCCUCUGAAAUGUUAGAAUGCAUUGCACAGGAUUGUCCAAUGAUUCUGAGAAAAGAAUUUGCUGACCUCUUUCCCGAAAGAAACAUCCUGGAAGGUGUUUUGACUGUGAUAUCGAUUAGCCAGAAAACCGUCAAUGAUAUGACUGUCUGGUCGGCUGAUGUAGAAAUAGAAAGGGAAACACUGCUAGAAGCAUUUAUUCAGGGUGCUACUGAAAUCUGCGAAGCUUUACAAGAGGGUGGAUAUUGGGCAGACUUUAUUGACCCUUCGUGUGGGAAACCAUAUCUUGGAUCUCAUACAAAUUCAGUUUUUUUUGAAACUGAUGACAGAUACCGAAAGUUGGGCUUUGAAAUCGUGGAUCUCGGCUGCUGUAAAGUGAUCUCUCACCACAUCUGGGGCACUCACACGUUUGUCGGCAGUCUGUUCACAAACGCACCACUAGAUCACGAAGUGUUACAGGACAUGAAGACCUCCCGUUAAACCAUUUUUUGUUGUGUCCUGAAAUAGGUUGUUUAUAUUGUUUCAGUGAGUUUGUAUGCAUUUAGAAUUAUGUGAGUCUAGAUAGGUUGUUUAUAUUAAUUCAAGGAGAGUGUAUGCAUUUAAAUAGUGAGACUAAGCAAUCAGUGUAUAGGACAUAAAUGUUUUCUGGGUUUUUUUAAAGACUUUGGUAUCUUGAUUGAACAUUUCUUUUUUGUGUGAUUUCUGUAGUGUUUUUGAUGAAAGAUCUAUACCACAGCAGUGUUUUUGUUGCAGUAGUGAAUAACAUUUUCAACAGAAGAAUAUAAUUUGUUAUGUUGUUGAUAGAGGCUGAUGGUGCACUUUGCAAGUAAAUAAGAAUGAAAACCUGAUGUUGUAAUCAGGUUGUAAAAUAAAACAUAAUGGUAGAUAUUGGCCUGUUCAGGAAUGUAGAAAAUAUUUAAUGUUAUAAUGUUAAAGUUACUGACCCUUUUGUCUGAGGUUUCAUAUAUAAUGAUAUAUUUAGAGCUAAACCUGACCAGAAACACAUUACAUAUGCACAAAUUGGUAAUAUAAACAAUAUAUUUUCGAAGUAACCUAAUUUAAGUUUUAACAGUAAAUUAUAUGGUCAAAGUAAGACUCUUUAAGAGUGAUUUAUUAAACAACCUUUAAUAGCUGAAAAUAUUUAAAUUGCCUUGUAACUAGGGGGUCACUGCUUUUAAGAAACUAAUAUGAGAAAUUUGUGGAGGGAAACCCCAUUUUCACUAAUGUGUAUACUAACUUUUUUACUAAACCAUCUUUUUAACUGUAAGCAGACCUCGCCUUUUAAGGGGAGCUGUCACACAUGCUCCACGUCACUCCCCUGAUACUAAUUCAAGGAGAGUAAGUCUUAGCUUCCCUUAGCAUGUGAAUUUUUUUUUCUUAAGUACAGCAAAACUCCUAUAAACCGUACACCCUUGGGACCAAUAAAAAUGUCUGCUAUAAAAAUGAAUCUGGUUUAGAGAGGUUCAAUUAUGUACUGGUUUUUAAAAGGGACUUUGAAAAACGUCCGGUUUUGAGGGUAUUCCGGUUUACAGAGGGUCCGGUCUUGAGAGGUUUCACUGUAUUACAAAAGGGUUCAGUAUCAAUGCUCAAUAUAUUCCCCAUAAAUCUUAAGUUACAGGAGCAGUUAAUCACUGCUCUCAAUGUUUACUGACAGCGAGGUUUCUGUAGGUCAUGUUUUAACAAUAUCAAUAAUCUAUCAUACAAACAUAUCUGCCAAAAACACCCCCAAAAUGUCAACACUAUAAAUUGAACAAGAACAGACAUUUAUGUCAUUGUAAUAAUGACACAUAGGAGGUGGUAUAAUUGACUUAUUAAACAUCAUUUUGGGGUUCUUGGAUUUGUUUCUUUUGCACAGUAUUAUACAGUAAUGGGCACUGUCUAAUACUUUUAGCAUUUGCUAAAAGAUGUGCUUUGUUUACUGUACAGGUUGUAAAGUGAGUUAAUUAUUUACAUUUGUUUGUAUGAAUAUGUAAUAAAAUGUGAUGGAAAUUUUGAAAUAAAAAUAUUUUACCAUUA